AUGGCCGCCGUGAGGCAGAUGUCCAUUCCGCAACCAGCCACGACUGGCACCGAACCGGGAGACCGAGCGCGUUCCCCCUCCAGGGACGAGCGCCGUGGCUCCUCUAGUCCGCGGAGAUCUGCAACAACCGUUGAGACCACGGUCGUCGUCGCCGAGCCCUUGAGCAAGAGUGCUUCGCACCCAUCAAGCUUCAAAGUCAAGCUGACACGACGGGACACCUCCAACAAGCUAGUUCCUGAACCUACCUCCACCAAAGCAUCCGGCAGCUCUUCCGACGGCGAAAAGUCAAAGGGGAAAGCCCACAAGGCGGCCGGUUGGAAAACUUCCAAGUUCUUCAGCAAGACCAUGUCUUCCGCAGAGUUACUAAAAGGACUGAAGAAGCUCUCGGUAACCGCUACUUCGUCAGGCAGCCCCGAUGAUCCGGAUGGAAAAUUGUCUUCUGGCGGUGGCGGUGGAAAAGUUAAAUUCACGAUCAAGAAACGCAACUCGUCGAGCGACUCGGCCGUAAACAAAGAUCGCUCGCCAGAAGGAAUGCGCAGCGGGGAAGGGUCGAGGAAGUCUUCACGGGAGUCUUCGGACGGAUCCCCGAACGUGUCUCCACGGACAAGCAUCGAUGAGGGGAUCGUCUGCAAGAAAGAAGACAUCCUUUCUCUGAUCCACCACAACACCAAAAAGAAGUCAUCCUCGACGUCCUCGUCUGUGACAUCGACCACAGUCGGCGUAACGUCACCCAAGAAAAUUGCCCUCCGCACCACACGGUCAGCCACCAUUGACCCGUCAGGAAUGGCGACGGAUACGUACGAACCAGCGGCAGAAAAUAUCCCCAGGAUCGUGUCAACACCACCUGCACCACGGCGCGGCUCCACCACGCUAGAGCGAAGUACGAGCGAAGAGGUAAAACCAAGCAAGUCGAAAAGAAACAGCCUCUCGGGCAAGACACCACCCCAGCAGAAAUCUCAAGAGGAACCGCCAGCAGUCGAGGAGCUGAUCACCAAAAAACCCAAGCGAAAACACUCGGGGGAUGCUACUCGUGAAGUCAAGAAAGAAGCUCCUGCAGAAGAGAUUCCAAAGGAAGGCAAACCUAAAGACGAGUCUCAGGUGAAGUGGGACGAAGGUAACGUUGUGGAUGCUAUGCUGUUGGGUGAUGCCAUCGAAGCCUUCCUCCGGGGUUCCAUGGGCGGACCCGCUCCAGCCAUGCCAUCUACGCCAAAGAGAGUGUCCUUCAAGAAAACGUGAGGUUAUAGAGAUCACAUCCACGCCCAUGGUGACAGUGACUGAGAUUUUCAUUCCGGCAGCAACGGAUGUGUUAAGUGUUAUGAGCAUGGCGACGGCAGAGAGUGUGAUGGUGAAGUGGCCAAACACGUUAUUUGUUUUGUGUCUUAUUCUGGAAGAAGAGAAUGGUGCGAGUUGCAUGUUGCGUGUAGCGGAACUCUGAGGAAAGUGAAAGACGUAUGUUGUGGUGUUUUUGUCAAAGUGUUGAAAACGAAACGUCUCAGACAUGCAUCCACACUCACCAAAGUCAGCGUCAAUGGCCAAAUGAAAGA